CGAUAAUGUCCUCAAAGUCAAAGUGGAAAACAUUAUUUUACAUGUUGGAGAAGCUGCAGUGCUACAGCUUAGUCUUCUUCCUCACGCCUUGCUACUUCAUCUUCCACCUGAUCAUAGUUCGGCCUCAGAUCGUGGAAAUGUACGAGUUCGGGACAGCACGACACUGGUUCCACAUCAUCAUGUCGUCAUUUUGCUUCAUGAACGUCGUUGGGAACAUGUUUAUGGCCAUAUUUACUGAUACCAGCUUGAAAAUGUUUCGGAGAACCACAAAUGUGAACGCAGAUGAAAAGUAUUGUGAAUUGUGCAAGAAACACCAACCACCGAAGAGCUGGCAUUGCGACCGCUGUAACAUUUGCAUUCUUAGAAGAGACCACCACUGCUUCUUCUUCUCCCGCUGCGUUGGACUGUACAACCAAAGAUACUAUAUUCUGUACCUUAUCUACAUCCUCAUAUCUGUGGUCUACUCAACCUACUACGACUACUUCUUCAUAUCUUCCAAAUAUGAAGACUACGGCUUCAUAUUCGCAGUAGUUCAGAUCUUCAAUCCUGUGGUCAGGCUUAUGACAGCAGAUGCGUUGGGCAUCAAAGAACUAUACGUAUUGUUUUUCAUUCUAAACCUGGUACUUGUGUGUUGGAUAACUUUACUUGUCUGGUUCCACGUGAAGAAUGCAAUGGCAGGGAUUACAGCGUAUGAGUUUAAAAGCCAAACUGUAGACAUAUCCAAGUGGAAGACCAACAUGUUGAUGGUAUUUGGAACAAAGUGGUAUUUAGCGAUUUUCUUUCCGUUUGUUGAUAGUCCGUUUCCAGAAGUUUGUAGUGAAGAGGCAAAAGUGUCGUAAGUAAUC